CCGACUUUCCCGACUCUCGAGAGUUAUUCCCUGCCAAGCUAUCUAAUUGAAGGCUAGUAUCUAAUGAUGGAGGCCUAUGUGGUGGAUGCAUUUAGCUCUGGACCGUUCUCUGGCAAUGCUACAAUGGUCUGUAUACUUCCAAGAGGUUCAGUUGUGCGUGAUGAUCUUUGUCAGAAGAUUGCAAGUGAGAUAAAUCUCUCUGAAACAGCUUUUGUCAGUUUUGCCCCAGUGAUUAGCAACCAUUGUGAUCUCAAGACUUCCUCCCAUUUCUCAUUACGAUGGUUUUCCCCUACAUGUGAAGUGAGUAUGUGUGGACAUGGGACUUUGGCAACUGCAGCUGUCAUUUGGACAGUAUUUGAAAAUAUUAAUAAAGAGCUGUACUUCAACACAAUGAGUGGUACACUGAAAGCUACGAAAACUGCAUCAGUCGAUGAGACCCUAUUUACUAUUGAUUUGCCUGCUUCAACAUGUGAAAGGGCUAAUAAAGAUGACUUUGCAGAACUGAUUAAACUAGUUGUUGGUAGUUCUGAUAUCUCUGACUGUCAGUAUUGUAGUGCCUCAAACAGACUCUUAAUUUGUUUGCCUGAUGGAACAACACGUACUCAAUUAGAAUCUUUGCCUUUGCCUAAUUUUACAAAACUCUUGGCUUUGAGACAGAGCAAAGUUAAAGGGAUCAUUGUAACAGUGAAAUCCAAUGACAAAGAUUAUGAUUUUUAUUCAAGAUAUUAUGCUCCUUGGUGGGGCAAUAAUGAAGACCAUGUUACAGGCGCUGCUCACACAACACUGGGUCCAUAUUGGAGUAAAGUGUUCCAAAAAGAGAGCAUGAAAGCACGUCAGUGUUCCUCCAGGGGUGGCAACCUAACUGUUAAAAUGAAUUGGAAUGAAAAACGAGUUCUAUUGACUGGAAGUGCAAAUAUAACAAUUAAGGGAACCCUUUUAGUUCCAUUAGCACUUGAAUAAAUCAUUGAAUCUUUUCUCUUUUUGAUUUUAAAAGCCAAAGUUGUUAUUGAGGUUAAUUAAAAUGUAA